AUGGAAGAUCUCAAUGAAGUCACCUGGGCAUGCAAAUCGAUGCAACUCGAGGAUGAGGCGAUUUAUGUGGAACCGUCAACGACACGACCGUGCGGCCACAUGCAGUCUCUACUUCACUGUGCACCUGAGUCCCGCAAGUCAUUUGAUUCACAGAUCUUCCUUCCCACUCCAUUCGAGUAUAUUGUCUGGUCUCGCAUCAAGGAGCGCACUCGAAUUCGGAUUGCAUGCAUCAACGAUAGGGAUACCUAUCAGUCUGAAGCCUACGCAAGCAUGUUAAUCUACGGUCAGACAGAAGCAGCUGCGUACCUGAGCGAUGCAAAUAGCCAGAUUUCAGGAGAGUCUUUAGAACAAUUUGCUGGACAAAUUUUCGCUACGAUCACUCUGAUUCUCGCUAUAUGUAUAGCUACUGACAUACUUCAUGCUCGGAUUCCAACCAGCAAAGAACAGCUUUUGGCCAUGCAAUCACCUCACUGGGUGCGCUACGUUCUUAUGCUCGAUUCACAGGAAAGACCGACAAUGUGCCUCGUUAAUGCGCUUGUUUCCAAUACGCUCAUUAUCCUUUCUCUUUUCACCUUCUUAAUCAACACUGUGGAGAGCGCCAGACAGAUCAACUUUCCGAAUACGAAACGUACGCAAAGCAUGGAAUACAAAGUCGCUGGCGCCUUCAUCAUAAUGAUCACGCCGAUUGGACCGCUUGCCAUGUUUCGUAUCAGCAGUACGGCGCGAGACAACACCUGCGUUUCGGGCUUGCCGAGGGAUGUUACCAUGCCAAUCCUGGGUAUCAUCGCCGUUUACCACGUCUUUGCCGUAUGUCGCAUCUGCUGGCCUCUCCUUCGGGUCAAGCAUCAGCGCAUCAGAGAAUGGGGUAUUCGCAGUGCCAUUGGCGUGCUUCUCUGCACUCUUUCGGGUACAUUGGUCUUCUUCUUCGUGACUAUGAAAGCCAAUGAAUACAUGUAUCACACGCAGAUUCUUUUGAUUGUUCUGACAUGUCUUACAUUUGUGGCGAUCGCAGCCCACAUCCUGACAUGGGACCCUCCGUACAAGAGCAUUGUGCGCCUUCCACGCACAUCGAUGGAUGUAGAAGCACAAAUACCAGCUAGCAAGGAUGAACAGCCCAAAUGUCCGUCCUGUCAGCGAUCUGCUGAUGCUGGUACCAUGAUCAGCGGCCAAGACACUCAAACACUUGUCUCGAAAUAUCAGCCCAGUCGUACACAGUCGAAGAGCAUCUUGGACAGCAAGAGCGUUGCGGAAUUCUUGCAUGACGAAGAAAUUACCCAAUCUCCUGAGCGACUACGGAUCAAAGAUAUUCCAGUGUGGAUGAAAAAGAAAGAGACAAGUGACCCUCCUGCUCAAGCAAUUGUUCCAUUGGCUGUCCAAGCAACAUCGAACCAGCCAGCUGAUUUUUUAUCCGUCGUCACCGAAUUGGCUCCAACUACCAGACCAUACCCGAUUGCGGCUUGUAGACAAGAUUGAUGAACAUUCACAGCCAGAUGCAGUGUGCAUCCGACGCUUUGAAGAAAGCGAUGCUUCAACAGUGGAGGCCUCCGAAACAACAUCUGACGACACACAAUCGGGUUGGGAGAUCAGCUGUCGAGGAAUGCCCGGAGAUCUCAUCCAAGGCA